UACGAAGCGAUACUAUCUGCAAAGAGUUUCAUGACUUAUCGAUAAUCAAGCGUUGUGCAGUGUGUCGUUUUGUGAAACCGGCAAAUCGCUAUUGUGAAAAUGGCUGAUAAAAAGACAGGUGGCAACAAUGAUGGAAACAAGGAGAAACGCCGCAAAGAGUCCAUUCUGGAUCUGUCCAAAUAUCUGGAAAAACAAAUCCGCGUCAAAUUCGCAGGCGGCCGCGAGGCAUCUGGAAUAUUGAAAGGUUACGAUGCGCUGCUUAAUCUGGUGCUGGACAAUACUGUGGAGUACUUGCGAGACUCUGACGAACCCUACAAGCUGACAGAAGACUCGACACGUAGUCUGGGACUUGUUGUUUGCCGCGGCACUGCCUUGGUUUUAAUUUGUCCGCAGGACGGCGUCGAAAGCAUUGCGAAUCCGUUUAUAACGCAAUAGAGUCGGAAGUGGAGAUGCCCCCGCCUAGGUUAAGGUACAAAGAUUUCGAGAACUCGGUUUGCAUAUUAAUUAAAAUACAAUACAAUAUAUAAAUAGAACUUACAAAACUAAA